UGCUGACAAAUUUCAGAUACGACUUCAAGUCUGUUUUAAAAACUCAAAUCUACCAAUUCAGAAUCUCAAACCCAAAGCCAUGGGAUCAACCUUUAGUUGCUGUGGCUCCCAUAAGGAAGAUGAAGUGGUAAGUGUUGUUACUCCAGGGAAUUCAACAUGGAGAAUGUUUACAUACAAAGAGUUGCACUCUGCCACUAAUGGCUUCUCCGACGAUAACAAGCUCGGAGAAGGCGGCUUCGGCAGCGUUUACUGGGGUAAAGCCAGUGACGGUCUCCAGAUAGCUGUUAAGAAGUUGAAAUCCAUGACUUCAAAAGCUGAAAUGGAGUUUGCAGUGGAAGUUGAGGUUCUCGGAAGGGUUAGGCACAAGAAUCUGUUGGGUCUAAGGGGUUACUGUGUCGGGACCGAUCAACGGCUCAUCGUUUACGAUUAUAUGCCGAAUCUUAGCCUGCUGUCUCGUCUGCACGGCCAGUGUGCCGGUGAGGUUCAAUUGGAUUGGAGGAAGAGAAUGAAGAUCGCAAUUGGUUCAGCAGAAGGCAUCUCGUACUUGCACCAUGAGGUAACGCCCCACAUCAUUCAUAGAGACAUCAAGGCAAGCAAUGUCCUACUAGAUUCGGAUUACGAACCGCUGGUCGCUGAUUUCGGCUUCGCGAAGCUAAUCCCAGAAGGUGUAAGCCACAUGACGACUCGCGUUAAGGGUACUUUAGGAUACCUUGCGCCGGAAUAUGCCAUGUGGGGAAAGGUUUCCGACGGUUGCGAUGUUUAUAGUUUUGGUAUUCUCUUGCUCGAGCUUCUCACGGGGAGAAAGCCUAUAGAAAAGUUGCCCGGUGGUGUAAAGAGGACCAUAACCGAGUGGGCCGAGCCACUUAUAGCAAAAGAGCGGUUUAAGGACCUCGUCGAUCCGAGGCUUCGAGGAAGUUUUGAUGAAAACCAAUUGAAAAAAGCCAUCAGCGUCGCUUGUUUAUGCGUGCAAAGUGAACCGGAGAAGCGGCCGAGCAUGAAGGAAGUUGUUUAUAUGCUUAAAGGGUAUGGCAGUGAAGGCAAGGCUCUGCAGACUAGAAUGAAUAGCAUCAAGUAUAAGGAUGAAUUACUGGCACUUGAUCAAACAAGUGACGAUGAUGAUGAUGGGGGUCCUGAUGAAAGCUAUGGAGUAUUUGGUGCCAUGGAAUCGGAGAUGCAAGAUCCUUACAACCGAUAUGCAAAAGGAAACAAUGCCAAACAUGGUUGAGAAAUUUUAAUCUCUAUA